GUUGUUUUUCAAACUACGUGAUGAAUGAAACUCAGCUCGGAACAAGUUUUGAUCCGGUGACUAACCGGUUGGACUGUCGGAAUUAAUAACCAGGAUCAAAAGUCAACCAACGGGAAAUUCCCUUUCAUUUUCUUUGAAAACUAUGAAUGAAGUCUGUCAUUUAAAGACCAAGUCUUUCCAAGUAGCGUAAAAAACAUUCCAGGUCAUCCAGCAAACAAAAUAGUCUCUGCAGAAAGAUUGAGAGAGGGAGAUCAUGUCAGGAGGAGGCAUAGCUCGUGGUCGUCUUGCUGAAGAGAGAAAGUCAUGGCGUAAGAAUCAUCCCCACGGUUUUGUGGCUAAGCCUGAUAAUGCACAAGAUGGUUCUCUUGAUUUGAUGGUGUGGAAGUGCAUCAUACCUGGCAAACCCGGGACAGAUUGGGAGGGUGGCUUCUUCCCCCUCACGCUUCAUUUUAGCGAGGACUACCCAAGCAAACCUCCAAAGUGCAAGUUCCCCCCGGGUUUCUUCCAUCCUAAUGUCUACCCUUCUGGAACUGUGUGCUUAUCUAUCCUCAAUGAGGACUAUGGCUGGAGACCAGCCAUAACUGUGAAGCAAAUUUUAGUUGGCAUUCAGGAUUUGCUUGAUCAACCAAAUCCUGCUGAUCCUGCGCAAACUGAUGGCUACCAGCUUUUUGUCCAGGACCCGACUGAGUACAGGAGAAAGGUGCGCCAACAAGCCAAGCAAUAUCCACCUGCGCUCUGAUGCAAUGGUUGCUUCACCAUGUCAGCAACUUAUUAGCUAGAUUCCAUCAUAUAUGUCCAAACCUCCUUUAAGUAACAGAGUGAUUUAGUGUUGGUACUAGACUACGAGUUAAUUGUCAAGUAGCUACGCUUCCCAUUUCUGCACCAGAGGUUUAGCAACAUGACAACUUUUGGAUAUAAAACCUAUAUCGAUUGCCCAUUAAGUUUGUUAUUUAUACCUAUGGCGAAGCAGCAUGAUAUACUGGAAAUUGGCUGUAUGGGAAACCAUGACUGAUACUUCUGAAUUUGGUUAAAGCAAGUGUAAGCUUUUGAACAACUUUAUCGGAUGCUAUGUUAUAUAUGAGAGCGUGUAUGAUCUGUAUCACAUACUCGUUUUUUCA